AUGUCGAAAAGUCAGGAUUUGUUUGCAGACUUGCUGUCUACAAAUUCUAUCAAGAAGUCGGAGAAAAAUAUACCGCUCUCACAGAGACUCAACUCCACACCAAGCUCCAAUGGUGUGAGCUCUCCGAACAACACCAAUAUGUGGCCAGAUCUGGGUCUGUUGGAACAAUUAGGAUCAACGGGUGCAUCGGGAAACUCUAGUUCUGUGGGAAUUGCUGAUUUGCCAAAGAACAAGCCGGUUGUGGCUUCUUCGGUGGAUAUAGAUACGCUGUUUGAGGCAUUCAACCAACCGUCUCCGGCCCCACAACAAAGCCAACAAGGCCCGCAACCGGUUUCAGACGAUUUUUUGCCUGGUAACUCUUCAAAUGGUUCUCAGGAUCCUGUGCCACCAUCUCGAGGUUCUGAACCGGUGAGUUCUGCCCCUUUGUCAUCCUCUGGGUCUACGACAUCUGGGGUCUCUAAACGAGAUGAAGCGUUGGCAGAGCUGGUGGACAUGGGUUUUGGUAUUGAUCAGGCGAACGAAGCCUUGGAGAGCACCGACAGUGGAAGAGAUGUCAAUCAGGCAAUCACUUACUUGAUGAACGCUGCUCAUAGCAAGGCUAAGCAGGAAAAGCUUGGAGCAAAUGGCUCAUCUUCGCAUAGCUCGGACCCUUACGGUGACGACGAUGGUUUUGGAGCUCGUUCGGAUGAUCUGGGCGCAAUGGUCAACGAGCUUUCUGUGGAACUCAAAAAUAAGGCCUCGUUUUGGUUGCAGACAGGCAGAAAGACACUUGCCAAAGGUAUCGACUUGUACAAAAACCAACAACUGGAAAAGAAUAAUAGCCAGCCUGCCUGGAUGAAGAAUAGAGACAGAUAUAAGGCUCAAUCAAUGCGACUUCCAGAUGACGACCCCAGCGAGGAAGUCUCUCCCGAGGAGAUGAGAAGGAUUGUUGAAGAUCAGCGCCUCAGGGAAAUCCAGAUCAGAAAGGAAAGGGAAAGAGAGCAAGACCUAAAGUUGAAACAGAAGAGAGAUGAGGCUAGAGCGAAACUUCAGACUCAUAGACAAAACUCGUCGUCUCCUUCAUCUGCGCACAGUUCUAAGUUUGAUGACCCAUUGCCUUCUAGGAGGAGACAACCACCGUCCAGUGUAUCACCACCUCAAGAACAAUUCAGAGCCAAUUCAGUCGAACCCCAAUCAUCAUCCGCGUCUACUGCUUCAACUUCAUCAAGUGCUUCUCCUUCGUUUUCUGGGUCUAAAACUGACUCGUUCAUGGACAUAUUCAGUGCUCCUGUCCUGACAUCACGACCUGCAAGCAGGGCUAAAACUGAGAACGACGAGAUGUAUGUUUCAAGCUCAAGAAGGAGAGCACCAGCCCCAAAACGUGCAAAUGUUCCCCAGGUAACCCGAACAAAGAUUGUCAUACCAGAAGUUUCGGUGUCGCCAGAUCAAUUGAGCAAAUUCGAGCUCAAGCGCACGGAAGCAAACGAUUUAUUCAAAAAGGGCGACUUUACAAAUGCCCUCGUGGGAUACCAGAGUUGUCUAACCCUUCUUCCAAGUUCCCAUAAACUCACGAUUGUCGUGAAUUCAAAUCUGGCAACAUGCUUCUUGAAACUGGGUGACGCGAAAAGUGCACUCUCCUCUGCUGAUAGUGCUCUUUCAUUCAUCGGAUCUUUCGGCGGGGCACCAGGUGAUCUUGCUGGUGUGGAAGUAGAAUCUGGUAAACCUCUCAAGCAAUUCUGGAUCAAGCUUGUUUCCAGGAAAGCAGAAGCUUUGGAGAAUCUUGAAAAAUACGCGGAUGCUCUAAGUGCCUAUAACAUGUUGGUUGAGAAUGGCGGAGCAUCGAAGCAGGUAAUGGAUGGUAAGAAACGUUGUCAGGAAGUUGUCCAGGGCAAACCACCAGCCAAAGCUCAACCCAAAAAAGCCCCAACGAAACCCAGUGUUUCCAAACCAUCCGCAGCUAUGAAGACCGUUAACGAACAAUCGCAAAAACAACAGCAAUUUGAGGCAGAGAAGUUCCAGUUGCACGAUCAGGUUGAAGCAAGGGUUCAGGAAUGGAAGAGAGGCAAAGAGGACAAUCUACGUGCUUUGCUAUCGUCGCUACAACUAAUUCUGUGGCAGGAUGCUAACUGGAAGCCUGUUUCUGUUGGAGAAUUGAUUAUGGAGAAGAAAGUAAAGAUCACUUAUAUGAAGGCAGUUGCCAAGGUCCAUCCUGAUAAGGUGAGUCCUACGGCAUCCACAGAGCAAAAACUGGUCGCGCAAGCUGUUUUUGUUUCGUUGAAUCAAGCAUGGGCUAAGUUUAAGGAAGCGAAUGGGAUGGAAUAA